UCGACGCCGAUGCGUAGCCAUGCCAACAGUUUUGCCGGGGUUUUAAGAGUGCAGCGGAGCAAAGUGAAAACAAACUACGAUGUCGGGCGAUAUUGAGAAGACAUGCCGUAUAUGUAAAAUAAAUUUGGUAAUCAAGGGGGUGAUAACAAAUUCAAGAAUAUUAUUCAAAAGCACAAACAAGAACGAGAGGCCAUUAUGGGAACGUUUCCGAGAUGUCGGGAUACUUCUCCCAUGUAGACCCGGUGUCUCUUCUGGGAGGAUUUGUCUCAAAUGUUUUCGACAACUUGUCAGGGUUGAAGAUUCGCAAAUUAUUCUAAAGAAAUGGAAAACGGAGCUUGACGUCACUCAUACAAACGAGGGAGGCUCGAGAGGAGAAGAGAAGAGGGAUCGUGAUACGCUAACAAAUAACAUUACGCCACAGGAAAAGACGCUAUGCCAGAGUCUCAACCCGGCGUCUCAUAGCAGUACGACAGAGCUGCAAGACAACCAGGCAGUGAUGGACAGACCACGAGGCCAGAGCAGAAGCAUAGGUAUUCAAGUAAAUACACCGGAGACGUGCGCUGCGACCAUUGAGAAACCAGCUCUGCAGCACAUCGUUGAUGAGGAGGCCAUCAUGCAGCUGAUGAAGACCUGUCCGAUGUGUGACAGACAGUGCCGCUGUCACAAAUACUCUCGUGGUCCUUACUUCAUAGUUUUCCAGAAGUGUUACUUCUGCGAUUUUCAACGCAAGUGGGCCAGCCAACCUGAAGCUCUAAAUGCUGAUGCUUAUAAGGCAUACAUACCUCCCAGGAAGAAACUGAAGUCAAAUGACUCAGUUACUGUAGAGGGUGAGGCUCAGUCAUCACAACGUAAUAAGACAAACAUUUCUGAAUCCUCAGUCUCAGAGUCCAAUCGGACAUUACAGUGCCGUGUAACAGUGUCAAAGCUGUCUUUAGAUAUGAUUAACAUGCAUAAUAAAUGAUCUGGAUUUGA